AUGGAUAAUACGGAAGAAACGAGCAGAGUAACGGAUCAAGAAGAACGUACACUCACGGAAACAGAACUGCCUGCGCCUGCGGAACACGUCUUGGAGGGCGAUAACUCAGCUUCCGAGGAAAAUCGCCUUCAUGCAUUCUUAAUUCCUCUUGAGGACGGCGAACAGUUUGCGCGUGCCAAUUUGCAGCACCGAUGGUACCGCGGCCUCACCAAAAUGCUAUGGGAUGAGGAAUUGGAACGGAACGGAAUUCUCAUUGUGGAAAGAGGUGAAUCAGGAAGAAAUAACCAAAGCGCCGAUGAGGAAGAAGAAGAGGAUGACGACGGCACCGAUGACUGCGUCGCGAAAAUGAAACGCGAGUUCCGUAUCAAGCGGGAACAAGACAAAAUUGUCUAUGAAGAGGACUCUACGCGUACCGAAACACUACGGGAAGAGCAAAACGCCAUCUCUCUUAUCGUUACUUUGAUGGAGGAGGCCAUGGAUCGAUCGAUCCUAAUGAAUGAAGCGGAGACUAUGUUUGCACUUAUUCUUGAUGUUCUGAAGCCACGGGUUCAUUAUCGCUACAUUUAUGCUUGGGGAGUCGUAACCUGUUGUUCCUUCAAGCCGCUCAAGUCAGAGAUGGAUCGACUCCGCCCAAGCGACAGGCAUAAACCCCCGUACAUGCGUAAGAGCUUGCCAACAUGUCGCGUUCCUCUUGAGCCCAUUUAUUACCUUCCAGAUGGUGGGAAAAAAAUGAGAGCAAUGAACGAACUUAAUGACGUAAGGGCAAUCGGAUGGGUUUGA